AUGCAAACACGUCAGAAAGCGAACCAGGUACACUUUUGUAGACGCACAAGAGGAAAAAAUCGAUGAUUGAUGGGAUGAUUCGUUGGAAAAAUCUAGAAAUUUCGUCGAGCAGAACAUUUUCUUCCAGGCUUUUAAUGAGCGGAUGACUAUUUAAUAAUUGGCUUUCAAUAUUCACAGUAAUCAAUAAAUUUCAGGGAAGAGCUCUGGCGGAGCAGACACUGAGUGAUUAUAACGAUUCUGGAAUGACGCACGGGUCAAAUCAAUCGGUCUACCACCAUGGACAGCAUCUAGACGAUUCCGACAUGAUGCUCGACGAUUCCGAGUACGGACAGGUAUUGUUAUUUGCGAAAUCCGCUCAAAUUAGUAACCUAAAUUUACAGUAUCAAAUACAUUAUCCGGAGGAAGACGAGAUGGUCGAAGGGAUGAGCACUCCGCGAGCUGUGCACCAGUGCAACGUUUGCAAUAAGAUUUUUGUUUCCUACAAAGGUAUCAGCUUGAUUUCGUAAUCCAAACAUCGAACUUCUAACUCCAUUUCCAGGUCUUCAACAGCAUGCAGUCAUUCACACCGACCAGAAGCCGUUUCGAUGUGACAUCUGCUCCAAAUCUUUCCGGUUCAAAUCGAAUUUGUUCGAACAUCGCUCCGUGCACACUGGAUUCACACCACAUGCAUGUCCGUAUUGCGGAAAAACCUGCAGGUAACCCCUAAAACUUAAUUUCCCAUUUUGAUUCGCCGAGUUAGUCGCAAAGUCCGUCCUGAUUGUCGUCAUCACGUCAAACGUCACUACAGUAAUAAAACGCAAGGUGUGCGACUUGCCCAACCGUCGACCAUUGUGCACAGCACGAUACGGUGAAUAGCGCACGUCAGGUCGACGGUAGAGAAAGAGAGACAGGCGAGAGAGACGGUAACGCGCUGAUGGUAGUGGGUAGACUGUAGGAAUACGAGGGGUGCGGCGGGCUGACCAGAAAACGGCACGAUUAGAUGAGACAGUGUGAUAAGAUAGGCGCCAUUGCCUGUAGUGCCAACAUGUUCGAAUUGAGAAUUGGAAACGGUGCAAUUUACAUUUCAGACUGAAAGGAAAUCUGAAAAAGCAUUUGCGGACUCAUGUCACGACAAAGGAAGAACUAGAGGCGGCCUGGAGACCUUUCGCCAGGUUAGAUAAAGCUCUCGCAACUCCCGCCAUGUUCAAGUUAAGCAAUCGCCGACCGCCUGCUGACAUACCAGAUGACGCAAUUAUUGUCCGUGGAGCAGGAGGAUCCUACUAUACACCUCCUCCAAGACCGAAGAAAAAGUUAGAGACUUCGAAACAGGAACCGGAAAAUUUACAAUUUUUUUUAGGAAGUUAGGUCUAGGAGAGUCGGACCAGUGGGUCCAUAAGCUGAGAAGCGGAGAGAUCCUUCCGCAGGUGGAGCUUGACGACAAGAUCCGUCGUCUCGAGGACACGAUCUUCAACAACGGAAAUCUUGACAGAUGGGCCAGCCUUUACGAAAUCGCUAAAUCGAUUGCUUUUGAGACGUAUGCUUGCUCCAAAUGGAGUUCCGCUAUUUAUCACUGUUUUACAGACACGAUUGCCCGACGUGCAAGGUUGCUUUCAUGACUCGAUUCGAUUGCAACAGCCAUCACGGAAUAUCUCAUCAGAAUAGCCGCGAACUCGAUUAUUUCUGCAAAGUAGGAAUAUUCAGACGUCAAUCGCAUUAUUUACAUUCAUUCACAUUUCAGAAAUGUUUCCGUCCGUUUGCUGACGAGGCAAGUUACGAUCAGCACAUGAGCUAUCACACUCGUGUAUCCAAUAUGAUUGACAAUGGAUUCAUCUCGGUGAGUAGAGUGUCUCACAGUUUAGAAAACAAAUACCAAAAAUUUAAGCGCGCGGAUCCCGACGUUCUUGUCCCAACUGUGGAUGAGUUCCAUAUGUUGUUCGAUGGAGCAAUGAUGGACCAGCAUUUGAUAGUUUAA